UGUCAGUGAACACCCAAAAUAAAGCUUCAUUUGUCAAUUUGUUUGUGUAUUUGUUUUGAAAUUUCGUAUCCAAUCGCAUUUUUUUUUGUUUGUUUGUUUGCAUUUUGCGUUUUUCUUCUAUUUCUUUUUUUUAAUUUUCUAUUUGAAAGAAAAAAAUGUUAAAUUAAAGUAUAAUUUUGAUUUGUGAUGAGUGAUUCGGACGAUACAGAUAUCUUGUUGCUUAUUCCACCAAAUUUCUUUCUAACGGAAACAAAUGAAUCGCCCACCUACGACAUGUUUCGAUCAAAUUUAGAGCAACCAACUGUUAAAACAAGCUUGUCGCCAAGGCGCUUGGAUAAAUCAACGAAUCAAUCGCCGAAUUAUCUAUUGUCGCACAGUAAGGAUUUGUUUGUGACGCCACCACAACUCAAGUAUCGACCAUACAAUGAACCAAGUCCUACGAUGAAUCUAUCACAUUGCAAUAGAUCGAUUGAAUGCGAACGAUUAAAUUGUAUUAGGCCGACUGAAUGUGAUCCCAUUCCAACAAAAAGUGGGCCCAAUCUGAAAGCCAGUUCACCGCUUCGAAGAUCGAGUUUAAAUAGAGAUUUCGAAAGAAUCGAACAUUUUAGCAGCAAAAAAAUGUCGGAUUGGAAAACAACCAUCGACGAACCGAGGCAACAUGAUGAUUUAGUCAGUUUGACCAAUGUUUGGAAUAAUAAUCUUGACUUUAGAAGUACAACCAACCAUUCCACGGAGCUUGAAGAAGAAAGACUGAGACGGCGACAGUGUGAACGCAACAUUUCCAGUUUGCAAUCACAAUUGAAUCAAUAUCAAAACAAAUUCACCGACGUCAUAAAAAUUGAUCAAGCCAAAAAUGAUACAAUCGCCAAACUUCAUGAUACAAAUUCGAGUUUGAUCGCGAAUAUAAAUGAACUGGAGAAGCAAAUAUCCGAGAUGGAAUUGCGGUAUCAUCGAGAGAAGGAUCAAUUUAUCUCGGAAAACGGACAGCUAAAAACCAAAGUCGAUUAUUUGAAGCAGCAAAAUGACGAACUUGAUCGGAAACUCAGCUCAAUUCUCAAGUCAACAAAUGAAGUGAGAGAUAUUCAUCGAGAGCAAAUGAAUGAAAUGGAGAUUAGACUAUCGAAUUCAAAGCAAAGCGAAACAAUCCUCAUUGAUGAAAUAUCCAAGCUGAAAAAUGAUUAUAUCACUAAAACGGCCGAACAUGAAGCAGAACAAUCACGAUCGCAACAGCUUAUUGACAACCAAGCCAUGAAAUUGGAGCGAUUGGAACAAGAAAUAACGGAGCUAAAGGAAAGCAAUACAAAUCUUCAAACCAAAGAAGCCAAAUUUCUAGAAGAAAUGGAGUCGCAGCGAGCUGCCUUGAAAGUGUUUUACCAAACACAAUUGGAUGACUUGGUACGAGCAAAAGUGGAAGAAUACCAAAAGCAAUUCGAUUCGAUGGAGCGAUCAAUUCGACGGGAAACAAAACAAAAUGAACGAAUCAUAGCGGAAAGGGCGCUCAAACAAAUCGAACUACUGACUCAAAAGAACGAGCAGGAGUUUUUAUUAUUGGAGGAGAAGCACCGCGAAGAGAUGGAAUUGUGUAAAAUUCGACUUGGUAAUGCUACCAAAAUCAUUGCACAGUUGGAACAAGAGCUAAGCGUUUAUCGAGCGAAAAGGAGUGACAUAGCCGAGCGUUUGCACAAUGUGAUCGAAACACAGUGGCAAAAAACAUUAGAGAUUCUCACAACAAAUGAUGCACCAAAAGACUCGAAUACGCUAACAUUGAAUCGGAUAGUAAAUACCUUAGAGAAGUGUGACAAAAAUAAUUGUUCUAGCUUAUGAUCAGGAAAAUCAAUUUAUUUGUUAAUUUUUCAUUUAAUAUUGUAUUCUAUAAUAACAGAAGAUUUGUUAUCGAAACAAAGCCAUUUUUCCUUUUUUUUAUGAAUAUUUUGAUGUGCAUUACUUUUGCUAACGAUAUCAUGGAAAACAAAAUGAUUGUAGCAAUUUAUACAAAACAAAAACAAAAAGAAAAACGUAACUAUUCCGAUUUUGAGAGUGUUUAAAUAUUCCAUUUGACAAAUAAAUCGUUUAUUUUAUUUAUA